UAAUUUUCCAAACAGGAAUAAGUUUAUAAAAGUCACCGACGCGAGAUUCCCUUCCAGCGCUCAGGCGAUAACUAUGGCAGUCGGAGCCUCGGAAUGUGCAGAUGAAUGUUUGAAAAUGCCAUCCUGUAAAUCUUUUGCUGUCUCAGAAUCGUUCACCGCGUGCAGAAUAUACGUGACAUGGUCCGGUGAAACCAGACUGACUAAUAUAAACGCGCGAAGCUACUAUCAGAAAGCAAUAAACGCAAGUUGUCCAGUCAAUAUUAUUUACGGUGGUCAGUUUAAAAAUGACGGAAACGUAGCCAGACCAGAGGCUAAAACUUUCUUUGAUUGUCUGAAACUUUGUAGAGACAGUGCUUCGUGCUAUUCUACCAACUUCGACGUGACCACAUCCAGAUGUUACUUGAAUCCCAAUAAUUCCACCAGCGCCGAUCUAAUAAUAACAAGCAAUAAUUGGAUAAGCACUGAAGUCGAUAGAUACAAGUUUGACAACGACCCAAAUAUUUUGUCAGAUUUAAAUGGAUUGGGAUGUGACGUGAAAUUUCUAUACUUUCUCUAUUUCAUACAGGAGAGACGCAACGACGCUACGGAGAGGGGUGCUCGCUUCUCCAAGCGGCAGAAUACAUUUGGUGACAUAAAGUUAAAAACAGUCACUCCUGCUGACAGCUUUUACGACUGUGCUAUCAAAUGCAUCACAUCUCCGGAAUGUUUGGGGAUCAGAUAUGAAUUAUUCUGCCAAAUGGCAGUAAAGUAUUGAAGUUCCAGAGAAUUCUAUGAAACCCAUUCUUCACACACAUGCACACAC